AUGCCCGCACCUCGACGGAAAAAUCUGCUCGCGAGCAGACGGCGGCGACAAGAUGAAGGAGAGGAAGAAGGAUCUGUCCUCGGUGAUUUUGAGGAUGAUUCUCUGAGCGAGGGCUCCGCGGUUACCAACGCUGAGGAGGAAGGAGAAUUUGAAGGAAGCGAGUCUAGUGGAGACGAGCGAGAGCCGGCGCAGCAAGCUACAACAGGCGCAACAACGCAGGAUCAGGAGGACCGCGCUGCUAUGGUCUCUCAUGAGGAUUCUUCAAAGCCUAAGGCUACUUUUGGGCACUCGGCUGAUACUGAAGCGAUGUUACAUGGGUUGAGUGAAGCUCAGCAGUCACAACAGACCGAACAGCUGCACUUUGACAGCCUGCCUGCUUCGACGAGUGCUGGUGGCGCAGAGGUCGUUGCUCCUGCUGCUCCUCCUCCUCCUCCUCCUUCAGGUUCGAGGGAUUUUCGACAAGAAACUCCAGCUCAGCGUGCUCGCAGGGAGCAUCAAGAGUACAUUCGCCAAAGAGAUGCAAAUCCCGCAUUCGUGCCCACCAGAGGGGGCUUUUUCCUCCAUGACGACCGGAACUCGUCGUCGAUUGGACCAAACACCAGACCUCUUGGGCGAGGCAGAGGUCGGGCUUAUGGCCCUGCAAUAAGCUCAGGACGAGGAAUUGGUCUCACUGAACCGACUGAUAAGCCUUGGGCACAUGAUCUCCAUGAACAGCACGAAAACAAGACGAAGUCGUUGCAGCAUUCAGCCACACCGACUGCUGCCCCUGUUGACAUGGAGAAGGAACAGGGCAAAACUAAAGUUGCUUCAACAGCUCCGAACAGAUCGUUUUCGUUCACAUCGAUUUUGGGAAACGUCAACGUCCAAAUAUCAUUUCCCGGCAUGGAUGCCAAAACCCUUGUACCGAACGUCGUUAAGAAGCACCAUGUUUUGCUCCCUCAACAUCGUCCUCCGCUGAGAAGGGACAAGCCUGUACGCAUCUCAAUCCCAGGUGCGUCACCACGAUACGUCUUUCCUAGCGCAGAUCGGUCCUUCAUCUUCAUCCCACGGGCUCUCCGUCCCAAUCAACCGGGAUAUUCGCGCGGCCGCGGUAGAGGUAGCUUCCAAGGAAGCCGCAGACCGAGCAUAUAUGGAGGCUAUACUCCAAGUGUUGCCAUGAGCCGGAAAUCUUCUAUGGGGGCGUCCACCUUGCGAGAUGGCAUCAGAUCUCCCGCCGAAUCGGUUAUUUCUCGCCCUCCAGCAACUGGAAAUGAAACCAGUCGGCCUGUAGUCCGCAUGCCAUCCGGAGCUCCAACACCAUCACUCUCGAGAACUGGGAUGCCGGUAGUGAAUGGUCAGAUUGCUAUGAAUGCUACACCAACACAAAUGCAAGCACCUGCAAUGUAUGGGAGCCACAACGCAGCCAUUCCUAUGCAUCAACCUCGCCCCCAGAAAACCGUCUCCGUGGCACACAUUGAAUCGCCCGCCACUUUUCAUUUCAAAGCUCCUCAACAGCAACAAGAAAUACCGUUCCACCAGCAAGUCCCCGCCCAAAUGGCCAGCUUAUAUGCGGAAGACAAGGCAAUAGCUCAACCUGGUCCACCGGCAGUCCCUGGGAUGGCUGGAAUGACGCCUCUCUCGCAGAUACCGGAAGGAGGGGUCUUCGCGCCGGGCUUCCAGCCAUAUCCAGCCAUGGGAGGCGCUGCGUAUUUUGGGCCACCUUACAGCAACGGAGCCGUUUUCUACCCUCCAGUUCCUGGUACAAGCGCUUUUGGAGUUCCAAUGACAGGCCCAGCACUGGCACCGAGCUUUGUGCCUGGAUCGCAAUCGCACCCGAUGAGCUACAUGUCUGUGACAGGACCUACGGAAAGCAACAUGCUUGCGCACGAGUCCAACGGCAUGGUCUACUACUACAACCCGACAAUGUUCGCCCAUGAUCCUCAGGGGACAAUGCAACAAUUCCCAAUUGCCCCAAAUGGAAACAUGAUGCCCUUGACCAAUGGAAUGCCGACCCAGGCUCCCUAUUACUACUCUUCUGCCCCUGGCGGCAUGUUCUACCCCGCGCAAUCUGGCUGA